UGCACCCCUCACCCAGACAACACAAAGACACAACCAUCCUGUCUGCAGGAUCCAACCGUGGUUCUCUGUAGGGCUUGUUAGAAGAUUUUUUAAUCAUGAUUUUUCAAGCACUUGUUGAUCGCAUGGACUUCACUGGUUGGCUGCUGUUUGUUUUUUUAAUGUUACUAGCAAUUGACGUGGUGAAAAACUGGAGACCGCGAAACUUUCCUCCUGGACCGUGGGCUUUGCCUUUUCUAGGAAAUAUCUUCACUGGAGUCGACUACAAAACAUUGGAGAAGCUCACUCAGGAGUACGGACCUGUGUUCAGCUUGAGGAGAGGCAGUGAGAGGAUAGUGUUUAUUUCAGGAUACAAGAUGGUCAAAGAGGCUCUUGUCAGCCAGUUGGACAGCUUUGUCGAUCGUCCUGUUGUCCCUCUCUUCCAUCGCAUCUUUAAGGGCCUAGGUAUCGCUCUGAGCAGUGGUUACCUGUGGAAGAAACAGAGGAAGUUUGCCAACACACAUUUGCGUUAUUUUGGAGAGGGCCAGAAGUCACUGGAAAAAUAUAUUCAAGUGGAGAGCAGCUUCCUUUGUGAAGCCUUCAAAGAGGAACAAGGUAGACCAUUCAACCCCCAAUACACUAUAACCACUGCAGUGAGUAACAUUAUCUCCUCUGUGGUCUUCGGUCAUCGCUUUGAAUACAGUGAUCAAAGCUUUCGCAACGUCCUGGAAUUGGACAAUGAAGCCGUUGUGCUUGCUGGCUCAGCUCAGACUCAGCUGUAUGACGUCUUCCCUGGCUUGAUGAACUACCUACCUGGACCUCACCAGACUGUCCACGCCAACUACUUCAAGAUUUUGGACUUUUUGCAAAAGGAAAUAGAAAAGCAUCAGGAGCAGUGGAACCCUGACAACCCCCGUGAUUACAUUGAUGUAUACUUGGCAGAGAUGGAGAAGAAAAAAGAAGAUCCUCAGGCUGGCUUCAACAUGGAAACACUGCUGGUUUGCAUCCUUGACCUGAUUGAGGCUGGCACAGAAACAGUCGCCACCACUUUACGCUGGGGCCUCGUAUUCAUGAUGAACUACCCAGAGAUACAGGAGAAAGUCCAGGCGGAGAUAGACAGAGUGAUUGGACAGUCUCGACAGCCCACAAUGGCAGACAGACCCAACCUUCCCUACACUGACGCUGUCAUCCAUGAGAUCCAAAGGUUUGGGAAUGUUCUUCCCACGGGGUUCCCUAAAAUGGCCAGUAAAGACACCACGCUGGCGGGAUACUUCAUUCCCAAGGGCACACCUAUUAGUACGAUCCUGUCGUCUGUGCUGCUUGAUAAGAAUGAGUGGGCGACUCCAGAUGUCUUCAAUCCUGAGCAUUUCUUGAAUUCAGAGGGUCAGUUUGUCCGAAGAGAAGCCUUCUUGCCGUUUUCAGCAGGUAAACGUGCGUGUCUAGGGGAGUACCUGGCCAGAAUGGAGCUGUUCCUUUUCUUUGCAUCUCUCCUCCAACGUUUCACCAUCACUCCUGUUCCCGGAAAAAUGCCCAGCAUGGAGGUUGUGACGGGCUUCACCUAUUCCCCCAAGGCCUUUAAGAUGUUGGCUGUGCUUCGCUGAUGUCCACCUAACCAAACACAAGCAUCAAUGAGCUUUGGAGAGCGCAACAUUUUUGCGAACAUUGUAAACUAAUUUCAGUUAAAUUAGUCAAGCAGUUAUUAGAUAUCGGAUCUUAAAUCAAAACAUAUUCUUUUGUAUAAUACAGAAUAUGGACAUUUUAUAAAUCAGAAUUAACCAGUGUGAGAACAAGGGGACUCACAGAGAUGUGCAUGUACUUAUAUAAGUUGCAGCUCUGGUUUGUAUUAUGACAUAGUCAUUAACGUUGCUACUGUACGCCUUCAUAAAUUCUGAUUAACACUAUUUUACUUUGUCCAUUUUACACCACAGGAAUAAACGAUGUAUCAUUAAUA